AUGCCACGAAUUCGCAGAGGGGCAAGUAAUUUUGGAAGACGUACUCGGCAAGCUCGAGCGAUCUAUGAACGAAGAUUGAAUAGGACCCAUGAACAACAUAUGAUGGACAAUAUGAAUUUGAGAGAGCAAGUAGCAAAUACACGUGCCAAUGAAAGUUUAGAGAGACGUACUCAACGACUGACAGAUAUGGCAUUAAGAAAUCGAGAGGUGCAAGGAAGUGCGACCGCCGCCAUUAGAGAAAAUAAUCAACGACGAGUUAAUAAUCACAGAGCACUGGUACGUGCAUCACUUUCGCGCCUGGCGUUUAAUUAUGAUCCUGAAAUUGAUUAUUCAUCACACUCUUUAAUUACCAUUGGUAAUAUGGACAAAGUAUGUAAACAUUGCCAUGCUCUAAAAUUCAAAGGAGAAUCAGCAGGUUUAUGUUGCGCAUCAGGGAAAAUUAUAUUGACAAAAUUAACAACACCACCGGAACCUUUAAAAACUCUACUAGAUGGAACAACGUCUCAAUCAAAAAUAUUACUGAAAAAAAUUCGCAAAUUCAAUUCAUGUUUUCAGAUGACGUCUUUUGGUGCUACGAAAGAAUUUGAAAAUGAAGAUGGUCGAAAUUUCGAAUCAACAUUUAAGAUACAAGGUCAAGUUUACCACCAAAUCGGUUCAUUGUUUCCCAUGCCUGAUGUGAAUCCGAAAUUCUUACAGAUUUAUUUUAUGGGCGAUGAUGAACGACAAACAAACAUGCGAUGCGAAUUUAAUCACAUACAGCUUAUGAAGGAAAGAGAUAUUGUAAACUCUUUGGAAAUAUUUUUUAAAAACCAUAACCAGUUGUUGCAUUUGUUUAAGACUCUUUCAAGUAGACUAGAAAACGAUGAUUACGCUAUUAUUAUUAGAGCAGACAAAGUGCCGGUUGGAGAACAUGCUGGCGCAUAUAAUGUUCCAACAGUCAAUGAAGUCGCGGUCGUAAUAGCUGGUGAUCUAUGUGAGGGGCGUGAUAUACGUAUACAACGGAGAGAUAAUACCAUGCAGAUAAUACAGGACAGUCAUCGUUCUUAUGAUGCUUUGCAGUAUCCAUUGAUAUUUUGGAAAGGUGAAGAUGGGUACCAUUUGAAUAUUAAACAAAGGGAUCCAAAUACAGGUGCAGAACUUGCCAAAAAAGUAAGUGCCAUGGACUUUUACUGCUACCGAUUAAUGAUUCGAGCUAAUGAAGAAAAUAACAUUCUUAAAUGCAGACAGCUAUUCCAUCAGUUCGUGGUCGACAUGUACGUGAAAAUUGAGAGUGAGAGAUUGAGAUUCAUAAAGUUUAAUCAAGCCAAACUCCGCGCUGAGGAAUACAUACAUUUGCGUGAUGCAGUACUUGGUAAUGUAGAUGCAAUAAAUGAUAUUAGUCAUAUUGGUACUGCAUAUAUUCUUCCAUCUUCUUAUAUUGGAAGUCCGCGACAUAUGCAGGAGUACAUUCAAGAUGCUAUGGCUUAUGUUCGUGCAUAUGGCAGACCUGAUCUGUUCAUUACCUUUACGUGCAACCCCAAAUGGGAUGAAAUAAAAAAAUUGCUGAUGCCGGGACAAACAACGAUGGAUAGGCAUGAUAUAACUGCACGAGUUUUUAAACAGAAGUUGAAAUCAUUGAUGAAUUUGAUAACGCAUCAUUCUGUUUUUGGUGAAACACGCUGUUGGUUAUACUCAGUAGAAUGGCAGAAAAGAGGUUUACCCCAUGCACAUAUUUUGUUGUGGUUAAUUGAUAAGGUACGUUCUGUAGAGAUUGACAAUAUUAUCUCAGCAGAAAUUCCUGAUAAAAAUGUUGAUGAGGAAUUGUUCGAUAUUAUAACUACUAACAUGAUACAUGGUCCAUGCGGUACUCUCACCAUUAUGUCACCAUGCAUGGUGAAUGGAAAAUGUACAAAACAUUUUCCAAAAUCAUUUCAAAACGAUACUAUCACCGACAUUGAUGGUUACCCCGCUUAUCGGCGACGUGACGUUGACAAUGGUGGACAAUGUUUUGAAUUGCGACUGUCGAAUGGCGGGGUAAUAGAUGUUGAUAAUCGAUGGGUAGUUCCUUAUUCGCCUUUGCUAUGCAAAACCUAUAAAGCACAUAUAAAUGUCGAACUAUGCAGCUCGGUGAAGUCAAUAAAAUACAUAUGCAAAUAUGUUCAUAAAGGGAGCGACAAAGCGAUAUUUGCAAUUAAAAGUAUUAAUGAGAAUGAUGAAAUAACCCGAUAUCAAAUGGGUAGAUACGUCAGUAGCAAUGAAGCUAUUUGGCGUAUUUUUGGUUUUCCCAUACACGAAAGGAAUCCAUCUGUGGUACAUUUGGCUGUGCAUUUGGAGAACGGUCAGCGGGUAUACUUCACAGAAAACAAUAUAUUACAACAAGCUUUGACUGCUCCGAAGACCACUCUAACUGCAUUUUUUAAACUUUAUUGGGUACCUAGAAAACGAGGUAUUCCUGUUUCAGGAUUCGAAGGCAUAUAUAUGACAAACAAUUUGGGUAUAUUGUAUACUGUUCAUCCUAAGCAACGAGAAUGCUUUUAUUUACGUUUGUUGUUGAUUAAUGUUAUAGGACCAAGAUCAUUCCAAAAUUUGAGGACAGUCAAUGGAAUUUUAUAUGAAACUUUUUAUGAUGCGUGCCGUGAGUUGCACUUAUUGGAGAAUGAUAAUCAAUGGGACAUGACUCUUGCAGAUGCAGCACUGAUUUCAUCUGCACAUCAAAUUCGACAAUUAUUUGCAAUAAUAUUAACAACAUGUUUUCCAUCAGAUGCAUCUUCACUAUGGAAUACACAUAAAGACCCAAUGAGUGAGGAUAUUUUGCAUCGGUAUAAAAUUAAUAAUCAAGAUAAUAAUCAUGAAUUUUCUGAGCAAAUAUAUAACGAAGCCUUAAUAAUGAUUGAAGAUAUUUGUAUCCAAAUUACGAACAUGUCGUUAAUUCAAUUUGGCAUAUCAGCACCGAGCCGAGCAGCAGUAGAUAUCAUGAACAGCGAUGUUCAACGUGAACACCAGUUUGAUAAUACUGCUUUAGCUACUUUUGUUGCUAAUAAUGAAAUAUUGCUUACUGCCGAGCAACAAAGUGUAUAUGAUCAAAUCAAUACGUCAAUUGAGGCACAGCAGGGCGGAUUCUUUUUUUUGGACGCACCCGGAGGCACUGGCAAAACAUUUAUUAUUUCACUGAUUCUUGCGCGUGUGCGGUCACAAAAUAAUAUUGCGUUGGCAAUAGCUUCAUCAGGAAUUGCAGCGACAUUACUUGAAGGAGGACGAACUGCGCAUUCGGCAUUCAAGUUACCUUUAAAUGUUCAUGUUAAUCCAGAAGCAAUGUGCAACAUAAAGAAGAAAUCAGGAAUGGCGAAAGUUUUGCGAAAAUGUAAAAUAAUCAUCUGGGAUGAAUGUACUAUGGCGCACAAGCAUUCGCUUGAAGCUCUUGAUAGGUCACUGAAAGAUAUCAAAAAUAAUAAUUGUCUUUUUGGCGGCUGCCUAUUGCUACUGUCUGGCGAUUUCAGACAGACAUUGCCCAUCAUUCCACGAGCGACGCAUGCUGAUGAAAUAAAUGCCUGCUUAAAAAAGUCUUAUCUAUGGCGCCACGUGAAGAAAUUAUAUCUCAGUGUUAACAUUCGUGUUCAAUGUCUAAAUGAUGCACUGGGGUCAAAAUUUGCACAACAAUUAUUGGAUAUUGGUAAUGGCAGAAUUAAUUUUUAUGAAAAUACAGAGUACAUUCAAUUCCCUGAUAAUUUUUGUAAUAUGGUUGAUAGCAAAGCCAAACUUAUAGAAAAUAUUUUUCCAAAUUUAAAGGAUAAUCAUAAAGAUCAUAAGUGGCUACAAGAACGAGCAAUUUUAGCAGCAACGAAUUUGGAUGUAGACGAAAUGAAUUUAAAAAUACAACAGAUACUGCCAGGAUAUGAAUUCACAUUUAAAUCAGUUGAUACUGUUAUUGAUCCUGAUGAAAUCGUCAAUUAUCCAGUCGAAUUUUUAAAUUCUCUUGAUUUACCAGGAAUGCCGCCGCACAAAUUACUAUUGAAAGUUGGUUCUCCAAUUAUAUUAUUAAGAAAUUUAAAUGCCCCAAAAUUAUGCAAUGGCACAAGAUUAGCAAUAACAAAAAUUAUGGGAAACAUUAUAGAGGCAAUUAUUCUGGGUGGAAAAUUCAAAGAUGAUGUUGUUCUUUUGCCUAGAAUACCACUAAUUCCUUCGGAUUCAGUAAUACCUUUCAAAAGACUGCAGUUUCCUAUACGAUUGGCAUAUGCUAUGACCAUAAACAAGUCACAAGGGCAGACAAUGAACUUUUGUGGUAUAAAUUUAGAAAAUCCGUGCUUUAAUCACGGACAACUAUAUGUUGCUUGCUCAAGAGUCAGAAACCCAAAAUACACCAAAUAA